AUGGUGUUGCAACUGCAUGUGUGGGGGCCAGCCUUCUCCCUGCCCUCAAUUGAGGCCCAAUGUCUCGCCGCGAUUGCCUACUGCUCCAUAGCCCUGCCCAAGGGCUCGUGGGAGCUGGUCGCGACCAGUGAUCCCUCCGUUUCGCCGACCGGGGAGUUGCCGGCCAUCCAGAAUGGCACGGUGUGGGUGAGCCGCUUCCGCAACAUCGUCGAUUACCUCCGCCAAUACUCGGACGGAGCUUGGGAUCUGGACCACGAGCUGGACGAGACUGCUCGGGCUGAUAGCAUUGCUUUCUCUGCCUUCGUCGAAUCUCGCGGCCAGGUGCUUGUCGACCUCUCUUUGUAUGUCACCAGUCAGAAUUAUUACGGCAACACGUCGCCAGCCUUCGGAAGCAUCCUCCAAUGGCCAAACCAAUGGAUCCUCCCGCCAAAACUGCAUGGCGCCGCCAAGGCGCGUACCGACUACUUGGGCCUGUCCUCGCUGGACCUGCAAGCAAUGGAGGAGCAACGGCAACGAGAGCACUCGGCCGCUGUGGCCGCCGGUCAAAUCCCGAAGAACCUCAUCCGGCGACCGCGCGACACCGUGUCGUCCCUGCUCGGCCGAACCGCACAGCAGAGUCACUUCCGUCUUGAAGCCCUAACCGGCGAGUUCUUCGAGCCGCUCGAAGCUAUGCUGGGCAAGAAGCCCUAUCUACUGGCGAUGAACGAGGACGAUGCGCCGUCCAGCCUAGACUGCAUUGCGCUUGGGUAUCUUUCGCUGGCGCUCGUACCCGAGCUUACCUUCCCAUGGCUCCGGGACGCGAUGCGUACCAAGGCGCCACUGCUCGCCGAGUACACAACGCGCAUGUGCCGGCGAGCAUUCGGUGAGGGCGCGGUGGAUAUUGCUCAUGCCUUUUCGCCGCAGUCUGCACCCUCAUCGCCGCUACCAUGGCGGGCCCCGGGGCGGAUCUCCGUCGCGGCGGUUGGGAGCACCCUUCUUUCUACCUUGGCUGACAGCACACCGAUCCUGCGUGAAGUGCGCAGGAAUAACCGCUUGAAGCAGGAGGCUGAGGUGUUGGACUCGGAUCUUUCGUCUACAGAAAAAACCGUUAUUUCUAUGCAUGCUGAUGCCAGCAAAAGGGACAUGUAUGUGUCCAUUGCGACGGUGAUGGGUGGUGUGGCUGCUUUGAUAGGCUACAUGUUCCAUAUCGGAUUGAUAUCCACACAUGCACACCAAGGGGAAGAAGAGGAGGGAGAUGAACGAGACGAAGAAGAGAUCCUUACGGAUUUCAACCCGGGCUCGGCCAGCGACUUCCUCGGCAAUCUGAAUCUCGGCAGCUUAUAA